GUUGUUCCUCACUAUCACUACGUGUAACCUACAGUCAUCACAAAAACCACCACAAUCUCAACCGUAAGAAAUAAUCACCACCACAGUAGCCCAUUCCAUCAAGAAAUCUCCACCGUCCAUUCUCCGCGAGAGUAGAGAAUCAUUUCCCCACCUGCCGUAAAAAAUCCUCCAGUUCCUAUUCCCGUUCAGUCCCUUCAGACUCAGAGACUCUAAAAACUCGUUCUUGUCAAAAUCACCUGAAACACAAAAUCGCAUCGGAGCAGCUCAUCUUCCAAUCAUUUCUCGCUAUGGCACCCAUCAAGGGUAUUCUUUCUUUGCAAAGGGCAGCUUUAGCUCAGCGUCACAGUAAUUCAUUGGGCCUAGGCUUUAGAACAUUCAGCACUCAGGGUGCAACAACAGCUGCUACUCCACCACCUCCUCCACCUCCAGAGAAAACCCAUUUUGGUGGCUUGAAAGAUGAAGACCGGAUUUUUACCAACUUAUAUGGGUUGAAUGACCCUUUUCUCAAAGGUGCUAUGAAACGGGGUGACUGGUACAGAACGAAGGACUUAGUACUCAAGGGUGCUGAUUGGAUUGUUAAUGAAGUCAAGAAAUCUGGCCUUCGUGGACGUGGUGGUGCUGGUUUUCCAUCUGGCCUCAAGUGGUCUUUCAUGCCAAAAGUAUCUGAUGGUCGUCCUUCCUAUCUUGUUGUCAAUGCUGAUGAAAGUGAACCUGGGACCUGUAAAGACAGGGAAAUUAUGCGGCAUGAUCCACACAAACUAUUGGAGGGUUGCCUAAUGGCUGGUGUAGGGAUGAGGGCUAGUGCUGCUUAUAUCUAUAUAAGAGGUGAAUAUGUGAAUGAACGAUUAAACCUUGAAAGGGCCAGAAAGGAAGCCUAUGAAGCUGGAUUUUUGGGCAAGAAUGCAUGUGGAUCUGGAUAUGAUUUUGAUGUUCAUAUCCACUAUGGUGCUGGUGCUUAUAUUUGCGGUGAAGAAACAGCACUUCUGGAGAGUCUAGAAGGGAAACAAGGGAAACCAAGAUUGAAGCCUCCUUUCCCGGCUAAUGCAGGGUUAUAUGGCUGCCCUACCACUGUUACCAAUGUGGAAACAGUGGCUGUUUCUCCCACAAUUUUAAGGCGUGGCCCAGAGUGGUUUGCCAGUUUUGGCAGGAAGAAUAAUUCAGGGACAAAGUUGUUUUGCGUUUCUGGACACGUGAACAAGCCAUGCACUGUUGAAGAGGAGAUGAGUAUACCAUUGAAAGAGUUGAUAGAAAGGCACUGUGGAGGUGUUAGAGGUGGAUGGGACAAUUUACUUGCUAUAAUUCCAGGUGGUUCAUCUGUGCCGUUGAUUCCCAAGAACAUAUGUGAUGAUGUUUUGAUGGAUUAUGAUGCUCUCAAGGCCGUCCAAUCAGGAUUGGGGACUGCUGCUGUGAUUGUGAUGGAUAAAUCAACUGAUGUUGUGGAUGCAAUUGCCAGGCUUUCUUACUUCUACAAGCAUGAGAGCUGUGGGCAGUGCACGCCUUGCAGGGAGGGAACAGGAUGGCUUUGGAUGAUCAUGGAAAGAUUGAAAGUUGGGAAUGCAAAGUUGGAAGAAAUCGACAUGCUUCAGGAGGUAACCAAACAGAUUGAGGGGCACACAAUCUGUGCAUUGGGGGAUGCUGCUGCUUGGCCUGUGCAGGGUCUUAUUAGGCAUUUUAGGCCAGAGCUUGAGAGAAGGAUCCGGGGGCGUGCAGAGAGGGAGUUGCUAGAGGCUGCUGCUUAGGCACUCAGGCGUAUUGCUUUAGUGGUGGAUAUCAUCGAAUAAAA